GCUUGUUGUUGCCAACCAAGACGACAAAAAGAGAACAACAGAAAGCAGCCGAGAGACGGAGAUGUGGCUGGAGCGCGCCGUGCACGCAGCGGCCAAGGCCCUCGAGGCAUUCGAGACGUCAGUCAAGUCGGCAGAGGAACAUUUGGAGGCAUUCCUGGAUGAAGAUGCACAGCAACAGUUAUCUGCAAGGGAGUCCGAGCAUGUGCGACGCAUCUUUCAUUCCUGCCUCAUGUUCAAGAAAGCCAUCAAGGUGAUCUUGAAUGGGUUCUACACAUCCGGCGACACUGCCGCAUUACGAAGUGACAGGAACCUGUACAAAGUGCUGGUGUAUUUGGCGGUGCUUGGCGUGGAGGACAUUGGGAUGCGCGCGUUCCAGCAGCUGAUAUUAACACAGCACACAGCCAAGAUGGUGCAGCUGCUUCAGUUCCUCUUUGCGGAUGAGACCGCCAUCACCGGGUGGAUGCGCGAUCGCUGGCUCUCCGUGUACGACGAGGAGACGGUGGACGAGGACUUUAUUGCGCCCAUGCUCACCAACCGUCCGGAGAUGCUGGAGCUGCUGUCGGCGUUGGAGGAUCCACAGAAGCAGAGUGAACUCCGCAGCACACUGCGCACACGUCCCGCGUCCUCCUGUCGCCCGUCCACACAGCAGACGCAGAUGCAGCAGACACAGCGCCAGCCCACCGUCACCGUGCCAGAACCAUUCAACCUCACCCGUCCAAAGCCUCGGGCGAUUCCUGUGCCGAAAGUUGUGUCCGACACUGGGCCGCCAAAGACAAAGCCAAUCCCAGACUCGACAUAUGCAACGCCGCUGGAAGAGGCCGCACUGGAGCGAAAACGCGAGAAGAACAGAAGACUGGCAGAGAAAAAAGCAAAAGCGGCGACAGAGAGCACGUUUGCGUGUGUGCCCGACCCAAACCACUGGCGCGAAAAGCACCAGCAGCUCGCACAGCGGAAAGUGCAGGAGGAGCUUGCGCAGUUGGACAUGCAGCACCGCGCCCGGCCAGCACCAGCCACCGUCAGGGCCCAGGUUCCCGUGAAGCUGAACGCUGCCGCUAUUCUGCGCGAAGAGAAACUCUACAGGCAGCAACUCGAGGAUGAGGCGCAGCGCCUGGCCAGGCUGGAGGCCGGCGAAUUCAACGAGCGCGAACUCCAGGAAUUGGAGGAGAAGAUCAAACUGGAGGAACAACAGCAGCGGCUUGCUGACAUUGAGCGGAAGGUGCUUGAGGGCCAACUGACGCGCGAAGAGGCGCUGAUAGCGCGCCAGGAGGCCGAGGAGCAGAAGCGAGAGCAGGCGUGGGACGUGAAGGAGGAGAGCAGACGGCUGCUUGCACACGCCGAGCGGCUCAGGCAGAAGGAGGACGAGAUGCUGCGGCUUAAGGCUGCAGAGAUCCAGCAGAUUCGGGAGCAAGCGGCGGUUGCUGUGGAUCAGGCGCUUGAGGAGAAGAGGAAGCAAGGCCUUGCGGUGAAGGCAGAGCGGGAGCAGCUGUUGCGGGAGGCCGAGGAGCGCGCUGCCCAGGAGAUGGCACAGCGCCAGGAGCUCAUCAGGGAGAUCCGUGCGUUGGAGACGGUCCGCCGCGACCGUGGCGCCGACUUCAAUGCAUCUGAGACGAUGAACUUGGGCCUCAUGUCCGAGAUGUCGUUUGCUGAACUGCAGCAGCGGCUGCACAUGCUGCGCACUCUCAAGCAGGAGGAGGAGGAGGCACGUCGGGCUGUCAUCUUUGACGCAAAGCUUGCGAAGGACGCGAUGUUGCAAGAGAAGAUGGAGGCGAUUCAGCAGGGGCGAAUGCAACUUGAAAUGCAGCGCGCGCACCGCCAGACACAGAAGCAGAAAUUGGCUCACCUCGAACGACCAAAAUCGCAGGCGGAUAAACUCAACACGUUGAGGGAGAAGCUCGCGGCUCGAAAGGCGGAGCGGCUGCAGCGGACGGGCCAAGCGGGGACACCACUAAGCACCUCACUGCGGUCAACAGCGGUGGCGGGGGCGAGACGAAGAACAGGUGGUGGUGGCGGUGGGCGCAGGGCGACGGCUGGGUCGGCGGCUUCGACGCAGAGGAGGGCCAAAGGCGGCAGUGGCGUGAACAGUGUGAGCAGCAGCCGUCGGUCAAGCACAGCACCAUCGCGUGUUGGUGCGCGGACACAGCACGUGUCGGGUGCACGCGGGUCGACCAUGACGCCAGCGCCCACGGUACAGUCAUCACUGUCAACGCCACGCACGACACCACGGCCAACGCCUGCCCCAUCAACCGUGCUGGACACACCAACACCUGCGCAGUUGCAGUCGUCGUCAUCUUUGUCCACGGCAACGCCCGUGCCUGCAAGCACGCGUGGCCGAGCGAGUGGGCGUGGUGCAAAACGGACGGGAGAUGCUGUGCGUUCUGGUCGGUCGUCACGCGUUUCAAAUGCAACACGCUCAACAUCCACGCAGCGCGCGCACGCACCAGCAGUGUCGUCCUGAUGUGUGUGCGCGUGCGCGCGCGCGUGUGUACGUGUGAACGCACAAUACUUUGCACGUGUGUUGGCGUUGGUAGUGUCCACACCCUUUCAUUCAGCCUUCUGUGUGUUUAUGAUUCGUUGCUUCUCUUCUUCUCUUCUUCUUGUAUUCACUUUAUUUGAUGCAUCCGAUAACCAAUGUACAAUUCAAACCUC